AUGAGCGACAACAAUGACAACAAUGACACUGCCAGUAGCAACAGCCAAGCACAAGCACAGGGACAAGAAGAGCAUGUGAUCCACCUGGUGGGAAGUUUUGCGCCGUUGUUUGGAGGCCGCAGUCUCUCUGAUUGUUCGCCUGAAGAUGUCUCGUCGUGUCGAGGAGGCGUUGCAGCCACGGCAGCGUUUCAGCGGUACUACGCGACUGAAGGCCCCACGUUGACGAUGCACCGGCUGGACAAGCAGUCACAGUUCGUUCAAACGCAUCCACUGGGCUGGGCCACGAACCGCCUCGUACUCAACGAGUACUACGGCUUUGACUUUUUCAGUUCCUCGCCUUCUCUGCUGCUGCAGCAUAAGGACGACUUUAUCGUCAGUCAACGUGACAUUUCCGAUUUGCAAUCUCAUUCGUUUCCUCUUGUACUCACCAAUGCUGAGAUCCCGCCGUCAGUCAGCUGGCAUCCUUACGUACAACGCGUUCACUACGAUACAUCUAGUGGAACCAACUUGGCCAUCAUGUGCUUGGCAGGAAACGGCGAACCCAUGAGCAGUCAAGAUCAGAUUGCGGCCGUUAGAACUGCGCUCAAGGACAUUGCCAAGCAGAACGAACUCAGAGGCUGCGCCGCUACUCGUUCUACAAGUUUGUACGACAGAUACCUACAAGACCAUCCCGUACCACCGCACCACACCGGUUCUGAUCGCACUAUCACCACCGCAGUUGUCAACAUGACCUGGAAAGAAGACACCACCGACAGCAACAGCAACAGCAACUGCUGGACUCCCGUCCUCUACUUGAGCGACUUCGAGCCAGAUGUCUUUCAAGAGACGGUCGACGCCAUGGCGCUUCUCGAAUACCCCCCAGCUGCCGUCAUUGAUGGGGCUGGAAAUGACGUCAAUGCUACGUUUGCACAACCUCUGCAAGUCUCUGGGCGAAUCUCCAACUUUACAAACACCAUCCUGGACCUAGAAGAUGAUCUCACGGAUGAAAUGAAGGAUGACCAGUACAUGCAGGACAUUGCGUUCAUCCGGACCCUCGCAGAUGAAGCUGAAGCCAAUGAUCCCAUUGUUGGACUCUCUUCCGAAAUGCCUGUGGCUCGUGAAGGAGACUACAGACGCUGCAAGGGAGGCGAAUGCGAGCAAGGGAACCUGUUUGCAGAUGCUCUUCGUUGGAAAUCCAAUGCUCAUGUAGCAUUCGUUACUUCGGGAGGAUUGAGAGGCAGUGGAUGGCCGGCAGGCAAUGUCACUGUGUCAAACAUUUGGAGUACUCUGCCAUUUCCAAAUACCAUGUGCCAGGGUGUCAUGACCGGGGUCUCUUUAUUCAAGCUGAUUGACUAUUCCAUGGGCGCUGCCACUUUUGAAUCGGGAGAAACGCAGGAUGGGGGAAGAUUGCUUCAAGUCAGUGGCAUGAAGAUCGUGUACAACACACAACUCCAAGAGCAUCGGGUCAUUAGCAUUGACAUUUGGGACGAACAAACUCAAGCAUAUCAACCCAUUGAGCGCCUCAACUACUACUCCUUUGCGACCGAUAGCUACCUCUGCGGAGCCUAUGAUCCCUAUCCCUCACUCUUGGGAGAAGGGCUUGUGGUGCAAGGAGAAGUCGCCGGCAUGAUUUCGGAUGAUAUUCAUCAGAAUAUCGUGGGAGAUUACCUGUCGUCACUCGAUACUCCUUAUCAGGCAUCCCGCCAGGGGCGCUUGACAAAUAACACUAUGGCCACAGAACCGCUCAAUCUGAUACAAACACAAGAAGGAUGUCCUUCCCAAACGCAUUGGGUAGAAGCGUUGCAGUCUUGCUCCAAGUGCCCCAAUUCUACACAUGUUGCCUUUUCCGAUGAACAACUCGAAUUUGCUGCGGAAUCAGGGGUGGCGCAAUGGCUAGCGGGGCGCGUCCUUCUGGUUAACCGCGAGCUAGAGGCAUUCCGCGUUGUACCAAAAAGCAUUCCGAAUAAUUGGAUGACACUGACGUGGGCGACUGGCCUCAAGCAGAACAACGGAACCGCGGUGGGUGGAAGUUCUCCGAAUGAGGACCUGGAAGAGCAUCUACAGUUGUCCGUGGACGGCGAGCCCACCCUCCUUCGACCGGGGGAGAGCUUGGCUCUCAAUUUCGCUGUCAAUGCCGAACACUUGGAAGCUGGUACAGCCUUGGGGACUGUUUCAUUUGGGGUACUCGAUGGGGGGAACUUUCCAGGCUGCGUGGACAAUUCGGAUGCUACAUUCGACAUUCUCAUGCGAGUGACACCAAGCCCCGAGUUCAACCAGCUCGGCAACAUGCGCUAUGUCGGC